CUUGCUGCGACGUUAUUAUCAUGUUAUCGCGGCCUGAGGCUUCAUCUGUUAUAAAACUAUCAUCGGUUGAUUACUGGUGUCAGCAACGAGGGCUGGAAGGUCCUAUAGAAGAGAACCUCACCAAUUCAGGGAAGAUGUUAAGUCGAAGAGGGAGUGGUGGAUUUCGACUGAAUAAUCUACGGCUUGUCGACGAAAAGGCUGGCUCGUUUACGUGUUGUUACGAUGGGAAUGUAGACUGCCGACACCCGCUGUUGUCUCCGGAUAAAACUCCAUCGACAGUGGCUUCAUCUCCUAUAUCUCCUGACACUUUUGCAGCGGCAUUUCUGUUGAGGCCUGGGGUCCGAUUCGAGCCAGUUGUGCAAGUGCGUUUUUGUGAACGUCCAGAGGUCUACUCUGAUAAUGACGAUGAUAUUUUGACUGGAACCCUUUUGAGUUCCGACUCUGACGCAGAGUCACCUAUGAACGACACGAGCUGUCGACAGGGCGCUUCUCGUGAAACUACGACGAAGCGUCUGUCGAGCUCAUCCGUCUCUGGUUGGCAGGGAAUAGUCCUCGAGACAAAAUGCGGGAUAAAAGAUUUCGACGGCCAUUCUGCAUUGAAGGAGAAGACUUAUUCCACAUUCGAUGACCUCGAGUCCAUGGCUAACCUCAUGGGCGUUGAGCCGUCGAAACCGCGUUAUGCUCGCCACAGGUCGGAGACCGUGUCUGAUUUGGAAGAGUAUGUUGAGAGCUUGCAGCAGCUACCGAGGCAACGCCGAUCAUGGUCGACAUCAUUAACAUGUAGCCUUCCGCGAGGACGGGAAACUUGUCCCUUACGUGGAGGGGCCAUGUUGGGUGACGAGGACGACUCUGAUUCUGAAGAGAACCUUCUCGCGAGGAUGGAGGCCAUGGGCUGUGAUAUGGAUUUAGAAGAAUAGUCUUGCUGACGUAUUCCAUCUUCUUUGAAUCCUAUCAGCUAUUGAUUCAGUCGCAUAUUAUUCCAGUGAAGCAGUUGAAGCAGCAUAGCAAUUCAUCGGUACCGUAUUGUUGACGAUGCAGUAUAGUGUAGACAGCGAGCAUUCCUCUCUUGCUGUCAAGGCAACUGUACUGCCGAACUUUGCAAUUCUAGUAUGCCGUGAUUCUGUGCUGGCUGGUUCUUGUUGCUGAGGUUCUUCUUGUAUCAUUGCGUCACCAUGGUUUCCUAGUGUUCGGCUCAGUCCGUUCCCUGGGCUUCCGUCCGUGGGUUCAUCUCUUUUCUGCCUGUCGUUGGGUAGCCGUAUAAACGUGAUCCCACGUAGGAUAGUCCCAUCCUUCUCACCACCUUUGGUUACACUUUUUUUAUCUCAAGGUCUAUGAUCAAGUCUUCCAAUUCUGACUCAUCUCCAUCGUUUGGUAGGGGAACUGGCGUGUGAUAUACCUGGGCGGCUACCAUUUCGAUGAUUGAGUCUUCGCGUCAUGUGACCCGCAGUUGAUGUAUUCCUUCUCAUUAGAGCGUCCAUUGUCGCCAUCGUUGUUACUACUGUCUACUGCCGACGUUUUUUGGAAAGUGGAAAACUGAGAAACGGAACUACAUCACCUUCGGUCACAUUGUCGUAUUGUCGUCAUUACUAAAUCAUCGUCUUAGUAACAGUCCCACUCUUAUCGCCACACAUGUGCUCUAAUAAGCUGAGUUUGACAUUUACAACAGUGGUAGUGGCCUGUUUUUAAGCUGACUCUGCCGCUGUAUUGUAUUGUAAGUAUCAUAGCAGUGAGAUAGAUAUGCUAGUAUAGCUGUAGUGAGACAUGUGUAGUUAUUGUCGUGUUUUUCCUGCGUUUACUCGCUCCAAUAGAUGUGUCAAAGGCACUCGCCUUUCUUUCAGCGUUCCCUGCGAGGUAUCGCUCACGUAGGUCGGUCCGCUGUAGUCUCAUUCUCGAUUUCUCUACAUUAUUAGACUCAAACACAACGUGUGCUCUGCAAGAUGAUGAUGCACCCUGGUACAAGGCGAUAAUUUUUUAUUACCUCACUAGGAGCACUAUCUCGGCUGCCAGUUUGUACAGUUUUAACUUGUGGAGCAAACGUUAUUUGAAUCGCCUCAAGCUAUUGUACGUUUCUUCACCACAGUUAAUCAUUUCUGGGGGUUUUACGACAGCUCGUUGAUAGUGAUAUAGCCUAGCAGAUGACCAAGGUGUUUAUGGGAGGUUAGUGACUUGCUCCCAAUUGACCCGGUAAUCACAGCUCGUGAUCACCACCACAAUCAUCCGCAUCAUCAUAUUGUAUCUCUACGUUUCCCUGUCCUUCGAUCCUGGUAUGGUUCAUACCGUAUAAAUACCAUCAAUAUCUCCAUUGCUCGUCGGGGCUCUUCCAGAGCGAGUGUCGCAAACGAAUAUUCGAUGGUUC